AUGAUACUCCUCGCAAACGCCGGCGCCAGGCCGCUCCGACCCCGGGGUCGCGGGCACAGUGUGUGCCUGUGCCUGGUGUGCGUGCAGCGGACAGGAGUCCUCUUUUCUCAGCUUCGGGCGAGGUUACGGGUUAACGAAGCCACUUUGAAAGCGCUCAGGCUGCCGUGCACGUUCGGUCCCUGCCUUUGGGGAGGAAGAUACUUCAGCUCCGAGAAAGAGCCGGUAGAAAACAGCCCGGCGACUCCGAUGCUGCAGCAUCUUGUGUACAAAAUCAAGUCGACGGGCCCCAUCACUGUGGCCGAGUACAUGAAGGAGGUCUUGACCAACCCAGUUAAGGGAUAUUAUGUGCACCGUGACAUGCUAGGAGAAAAAGGAGAUUUCAUUACUUCACCUGAAAUAAGUCAGAUCUUCGGAGAGGUGUUUAGUCAGCUUGGAUCUGUGCUGAAAAAGUGUGACAUUUCAAUACAUCUAGUAGAGGUGAGCCAAAAAUUAAGUGAGAUUCAAGCAUUAACUCUGACCGAAGAGAAGGUCCCAUUAGAGCGAGAUGCUGGAUCCCCAGUAUACAUGAAAGGUGUUACUAAGUCUGGGAUUCCAAUUUCCUGGUACCGAGAUCUGCAGGAUGUUCCAAAAGAGCACAGCUUUUAUGUUGCACAUGAAUUUUUUGACGUCCUUCCUGUGCAUAAGUUUCAGAAAACCCCACAAGGAUGGCGAGAAGUACUCAUUGAUAUUGAUCCACGAGUUUCUGAUAAACUGAGGUUUGUUUUGGCGCCUUGUGCCACCCCAGCAGAAGCCUUCAUACAACAUGAUGAGACAAGGGAUCAUGUGGAAGUGUGUCCUGAGGCUGGUGUUAUUAUUCAGGAACUUUCUCAACGAAUUGCUCUUACUGGAGGUGCUGCCCUGAUUGCUGAUUACGGUCAUGAUGGGACUAAGACAGAUACCUUCAGAGGGUUUUGUGGCCACAAGCUUCAUGAUGUCUUAAUUGCCCCAGGAACAGCCGACCUAACAGCUGACGUGGACUUCAGUUAUUUGCGCAGAAUGGCACAGGGAACAGUGGCUUCUCUGGGUCCAAUAAAACAACAAACAUUUUUAAAAAAUAUGGGCAUUGAUGUCCGGCUAAAGGUUCUUCUAGAUAAAUCCACUGAACCAUCACUGAGGCAGCAGUUACUUCAGGGGUAUGAUAUGUUAAUGAAUCCUAAGAAGAUGGGAGAACGAUUUAACUUUUUUGCCUUGUUGCCUCAUCAGAGACUUCAUGGUAGAAGCCAUGAGAUAAAUGCAAAUCAGUCAAAACCUUCUCCAUCACCUGUGGCUGGAUUUAGUGAACUUACUUGGCAGUGAUAUUUCAGUUUGGACUUUUAGUCCCCAAGUCUACCUAAGAAACUAAAAUAAAGGAAACGAAUUUCAUAUA